UCUCCGAGGGGUGUGACGUGAACUAUCCCCGCGCGCUCAUUGGCCACACAUACAGGAUUAUCCGGAAAGCGCUACAGCUGCUCCUUCCUUUCUGCUCGCCGACGCCAUCAUGGUGUUCAAGCGCUACGUCCAGAUUGGCCGUAUAGCCUAUGUCUCCUUUGGUCCCCAUGCUGGCAAACUAGUGGCCAUCGUUGAUGUCAUCGACCAAAAUAGGGCCCUGGUAGAUGGCCCCUGCAGUGGUGUGAAAAGACAGGCCAUGCCUUUCAAGUGCAUGCAGCUUACCGACUUUGUAAUUAAGUUUCCACACAGUGCUCGUCAAAAGUGUGUUCGUGUUGCUUGGGAGAAGGAAAAGAUUAACGAGAAAUGGGCAGCAACUAACUGGGCAAAGAAAAUUGAAGCCAGAGAGAAGAAAUCAAAGAUGACAGACUUUGACCGCUUCAAGGUCAUGAAGGCAAAGAAAAUGAGAAACAAGAUCAUCAGACAUGAAAUGAAGAAACUCCAAAAGCAGGCUACUCAGAAAGCAUAAGAAUUUUUUUCUUAUGGACAAUGAAUAAAAACCUGUUUAUAGAC